AAAUGACUGUCGCAAAAAUUGCACAUUACAUUUAGCUGAUGUGGUUUGUACAGUAUCAGCUGCUUCUGACAUGAACUAGUGACAACACAAACAUCUGAGUAAUGUUAUCUAACUGUUCGUUAACGUGUUGUCGAUGUGCUUCGCUUUAGAAUGGCCUCAAUCACUUAAAAUCAGUUCCCGCAUAUAGUUUAUGAGAUUAUCUCGUUUGCUCAACUAUAAGACACUCUCCAGCACAGGUAAGCUAGUUAGCUAGCUAAAUUGGGCAUAAUUUAUGUCACUAGGAGAGUGCCUUUGGGCUUCAAUGAAAACUGAAGAUCCAGGAGAAGAGUUGUGAGGAGACAUCAACAGGUUGUGCGAGGAUGGACUUUGUCAAAACGGUCCUGGUGACUGGAGGGGCAGGUUUCAUUGGGUCCCAUUUUGUCUGCUCCCUAGUCAACAGGCACCCAGAUUGGCGUAUCAUCAACUUUGACAAUCUGGACUACUGUUCCAAUCUCAGGAACCUGGAGUCUGUAGAGGAGAAUGAGAACUACACCUUUAUCAGGGGGGAUAUAUGCAAUCCAUGCUUGUUAAAACACAUGUUUGCCACAGAAAACAUCGAUAUCGUCUUUCACUUUGCAGCUCAAACACAUGUUGAGACGUCCUUCGUAUGGCCGUCCAGAUACCACAUGGUGAACGUGGAGGGGACAAGGGUGCUACUGAAAGCAGCUUUUGAGGCCAUGGUGGAGAAGUUUAUUUACAUUAGUACAGAUGAGGUGUAUGGAGAGAGUCUGUAUAAGGUGUAUGGAGAGAGUCUGUAUAAGGAAUUAGAUGAAACCAGCCCAAGAAGACCCAACAACCCAUACUCUGUGUCUAAAUCAGCUGCUGAGUGUCUUGUAUUGUCCUACAGGGAGAGACACAAGUUUCCUGUUAUAAUAACAAGGAGCAAUAAUGUAUAUGGACCCAGACAGUACUUGGAGAAGGUCAUUCCAAAAUUUGUGUCCUUCCUUCAGCUGAACAAAAAAUGUACCAUCCAAGGGACCAGCCCUCAAUCUCGCCACUUCCUGUACGUGGAUGAUGCCAUUGAAGCAUUCCACACCAUCCUGGAGAGGGGGACGGUGGGAGAAACAUACAACAUCGGGACCGACUUCGAAAUAUCCAUCAUUCAACUAGCCAGAGAACUUAUCAAGAUGGUCAGGCAUGUACCUGAUGCAGAACUGGAUGACUGGCUGGAGUUUGUGCCUGACCGGCCAGUGGUUGACCUGAGGUACCCUGUGAACUGUGAGAAGCUGUGGAGGCUGGGCUGGAAGCCUGCAGUGUCAUGGGCAGAGGGUAUCAGAAGGACAGUCAAAUGGUACAAAGAGAAUCCAGACUUCUGGCCAGAUGUCAAACCAGAAGACCAACCAAUUACCUUUGAGCCCAAUACCAGAGACCAAUAAGCACAUAGAUCCUGUUCCUGGAGAGCAACAGGGUGUGCUGGCUUUUGUUCCAGACCUGGUUCAAUUAAUCAGUCUUACUUAGGGUUGUUGACCUCCACUAGUCAAACCAUCAGCUCAAUCACUGUGGGUGUGCAAGGGAACACUUAUUUUUACUAAUGAAGGUGGAAUGGAAUAUAUUUAUCAUAGUCAAUAAAUAACUUCAUAGGCUUGAAUGUUGAAUAUUAAACUCUGGAUAUGCAAAGACAAAAUACAAAAGUUGGUUAAGUAUUUGCAAGUCAAAACUUUUAAUUUUGGUAAAAUCAUACAAUAAAUGCACAGGUGUUUUCUCGUGCAGUGCACAGCCUCUAAACUAGUACAUAAAGCAAAUACAAACUAGUGGGCGACUCAGUGGCGUUCAGGGGAGUGUCUGGCCAGCCGAAAGCUCUCCAACCUCUCCUCUCUGCAGCUUCACAUUUCCAUUCAUACGUUUCAUCCAAACCUUUACUUUUCAGACUCAGUCAGCCAAUGUUACUGUAAGACUCAUUGAUCCAGCUAAGACUCACCACACACUCCACAGAACACACACGGAGGCCCAAAUAUGCAAAUACAACAGAGCAGAACCACAUGUUUUUUUUCCUUAAGAUUACCAUGUGCCAGACAUUUGCUGGGGGAGGGAAAAAAAACUCAACAAGGAAAAGCAAAUUGAAUUGGAGAGAAUCUGGACACUUCUUGCACUGGUACAAUAUUUUUUAGAAAAUGUUAUCACUUUUAUCCAAACCUUGGCAUUGGUUGUUUGUUUCGAAUUUUGUUCGCCAAUUAAACGUUAAGGUUGAUUAGACGGUGUGGCCAUGUGGCCAGUACUACUAUAAGUAACAGGUGUGGAUUUUGAUUCGAGUCCAAUAUGACUGACAUUAAAAAGCUCACACUACCCCGAAAAAUAUAAAUUUCCACGCAUACCGGUGACAUUCAACAUUCAAGUGCCAGUGUUUUUGUACUGUCUUUUGGUCAAGUUCCUUAAACUAUCACUUUAGGCUUAUAAAAAUAAAUAUUUCUCAAAAAUGCUUAAUAAAUUACACAAACUAGCAGCAAAAGUAGAAUCUAGUAAUCUGUGUGCAAAUAGCUCAAUUCUCAGACUGCUACUGAACUAACCCCUGGUCCCAAAUAAAUCCUGGUUUAAAUAGUGAUAACCCUUCCCCUUUCGUAAACAAGCUGCGUUUUUCACAAUCUCCUCACACACAAAAUUCGGAAGCUUUAAGGACACACACUCAAGACAUUUAUAUAAAACUCUAGAUGUGCAAUAAAAUGUUUUUUGGAAAACUUGAUGGCCAUUAAGUAACAUCACAAAGGGGCCUAGACCUAACUUAGGUAGCACCAUUCAAUCUUAAGUUAACACAAUACUGUCAGUGCAUCUGCUUCAUAACCACCACCUCACUUAUUGAUUCAAAAUGUCAAGGCACGACAGACACACUGAGAAUAUAUACCUAUUGCACUUAAAAUGCCAUUUUCUAGCCAACGUUGGGCCUCCCUCCUAUAUACAGAGGAAGCCUGGAUGCCAGCUAUAGUAGUAAACUGGCCAGUGGUUUUACAUAAUACAUCAAGGCGGCCCAACCCUACAAAGGGAAGAAUAGCUGCAUUGGUUCUGUGUCAGAAUGAAGGAUAGUUAAAGCACCCCCGUCUUUGGCCGGGUCGCGUGGGCUAGAUUCACCAGCCAGCAUACACAGGAAAACGUCAUUGCCUCUUAAAAUGGUGCACUGGUAAAUAAACUGCACUUCCCAUCACCCUUUGCUACGUGUGCAGUUCAGUUUGCUCGUCUGUACAUUGCUGACCCUUAACCUGUAACUUCUGACCUUCCUACGCUCUCUGAGGAGGAAGAGCUUGUGUCUUUAAACAGUUAACCCGAGAAUGUCCUUCGGAUUCGAACGCAGCUUGAAAAAGAGAACUAAAUUAAAGGUGUAAGAGAACGACAUUUUGUAAUGAAAUAAAAGCCUGCUGCAGAA